AUGGAGGAGACCGGCACCAACUUGGCAUAUGAAUUUACGCAGAGCUUGGAGCCCUACCUUUCCGGCGUGGAAAUGAUGGUCAACUUCAUUGGCAUAUUUGUAGAUGCAAUCAUAAUGGGGAGUUUGAUGGUCAAUGUCUCAGCUUCCAUUGUAGCACAAGCAAAAUCCACCAAACAUCAGAGUGCUGCAGUGGAAUCUCAGACAGGUCAGAUGACUGGGAGUGGAGUGCCUUUGAGAAGAAGUUUCUUUGGCAGGGGACAAGGGAAAGCGGACAGGGAGAGGGAACAGAGAGAGGCCCCAAAUGAAGAGUCACAGAGACAGGAGACAGAGAAAAAAGCUCAAAAUAAGAAAAAGGUGCGAGUAGCAGACUUUAAGUGGAAAGGGCUCAAGGAAAGCCCUGGUAAUCAAAGAGGACUCAGAAGAAGCCUUAAAGAUGCAAGAAGACAGCUGAAGCACAAACUAAGAGAAGAAUGUGAAGCUAAACGGAUGCAAUUAGACAGCAGACAUGAAUACAUUUUUGAUAUUGUGGCAACCUGUAUCCAUCUGGAAAGGUCCAGUGUUGAAGAUGCUAUACUGGAAGGGGUUCAACUGGAACAAAUUGAUAAUUUUUUCAUUGUAGAUGGCAGACAAAGCCUUCUGUUCUUCUAUCAGGAAUUGGAUCUACCAGAAGCAGGUUAUACUGGCAGGAGUACAGGAGUUGGACCCUCACCAGGAUCUUUGAGUUGUGGUAAGAUGUUAAAGCUGUUUCUUACUGAUGGGAAGGAAGCUGCUUUGACUGGAAUUUGUAUUGCCUUUCUUCGAGGUAAUGCCAGCAGAGCCAUUACAAAUGAAAACAUAUACAGGGAAGUAAGUUUCAGUGUUUUGGAUGCUGGAAGGAUUGGGUUAUUAAAAUCUAUUGAACAGUUGUUGAGUGAUGCAUUUAUACCAAUACUGAAGAACAUGAACCAAGGAUGGGGAGUGCUGAACAAACCUGAAUCUAUGACAGUGCGACAGGGAUUUCUCAAUUCUCUAGAUGGGUUUGUCAGUGCCCUCUCUGCAGCACAACAGAAUUUGUCCAAAGAGGUUCGAUUGGAACAAUGUGUUUUGGAAGAGCUGAGGCAUUUGAAAGGCCCAUCUGAUUUGAGUAUAUCUUCUCCAGAAAUGUUGAAACAAGCUGAAGAAAGUCUGAAAAUUUGGAUGAAGCAAAUUGAGCAGGUACUGACUGAAAGUGAACAGGUGCGGAAGGAGGCUGAUGACAUUGGACCACGAGCAGAGCUGGAAUACUGGAAGCACCGUCUGACCAGGUUCAAUUACCUGAGUCAGGAAAUCCAGCGAGCAGAUGUUAAAACCAUUCUUGGAAUCAUCACAGCUGCAAAGUCAAAGCUGUUAAAGACCUGGAGGGAGUUGGAUAAACGGAUCACAGAUGUGUCUAAUGAAGCCAAAGAUAAUGUGAAGUACCUCUACAUGUUGGAACGAUUUUGUGACCCUCUCUAUGACAAUGACCCGAUUGGAAUGCUGGAUGCUCUUCCAGGACUCCUGAACGCUAUUAGGAUGAUACAUACAAUUUCCACAUAUUACAACACGUCUGAAAAGAUGACUUCUCUGUUUACCAAAGUCACAAAUCAGAUGAUAACUGCAUGCAAGGCAUACAUUACCAAUCAUGGGACUGUUACUAUCUGGGAUUUGCCUCCAGCCACCAUGGUUAUCAAGCUGAAAGCCUGUAUUAGGCUUAAUCAGGAAUAUCAAUCUUGUUAUAAUAUUACCAAGCAAAAGAUGAAGGAGAAUCAGAAGGAAAAACCAUUUGAGUUUAGUGAAAUGUACACCUUUGGGAAGUUUGACCUAUUUGAGAGACGACUUAAAAAGAUUAUUGAGAUACUUGAGACUAUUAAAACAUACUCCAGCCUGGAGGAAUCCACUAUUGAAGGGUCUGAAGAGAUGGCAAGCAAAUUCCAGGCGAUUGUGUCUGGAAUGAAAAAGCAAGAUUAUAAUAUCCUGGAUCAUAAAAAGACUGUUUUCAAUGUGGAUUAUAAGCAUUAUACUGCACAGAUCAGUGACUUGCAUGUUGAAAUCAAACAGCUCAUGGAAACCACUCUUGACUAUAUCUCAAGCACUCAGAGGGCCUUGUCACUUUUGGUGGAGUUUGAGAGGCUUGGAAUACCACAUUUGGGAAUUGAUAAACAAUUUCAGAAAAUUCUCCAUAGCUACAGUAAGGAUAUCGAUCUGGUAUCCCAAAUUUACACAAAACAGAAGGCUGACCCUCCAGUGCCACGUGACUUUCCUCCAGUAGCUGGAAAAAUCAUUUGGGCUCGGCAGCUCUUCAGACGUAUACAGGAGCCCAUGCUGCUGUUUGAACAGAGGCCUGGUAUCCUGCAGAGCGAGGAUGCAAAGUGGAUCAUCCGCAGCUAUAACAAAGUAGCCAGAGUUUUGCUGGAGUAUGAGGUGCUUUAUCAUAGAGCUUGGAUGCAACAGAUGGAAACUGUCCAGUUUGGUCUCCAGGCAUCUUUAUUGGUAAAGCAUCCAGACACUGGAGAGAUGUUUGUGAACUUUGACCCUUAUCUUACAGUCCUGAUAAGAGAGUCCGAGUGCAUGGCACGAAUGGGCUUAGAGAUCUCGCAGACUGCAAAGGCACUUCUAAAAAAACGGCAUAUUUUGAAAAAGAUGUACAAUAAACUGCAGCUAUUGCUAGAAGAGAACUCCAGAGUACGUGCAAGAAUUAAGCCUAUCUAUGAGACCCUUAUUGCAUCUCAUGUGCACAGGAUUGAUGAAGCCUUUCAGCCAGGCCUUGUAACACUUAACUGGACAUCAUUAAACAAUGACUUGUUUGUGGAUAACGUUUAUACAAAAUUAGGAGAAAUUGAUUUGCUGGUUCACAGAAUAAAUGACCUUGUUGAAUAUCGUAUUGACUGGAUCCUGCAGGAUAUGAGCACCACAUCACUUUGUGAAUUUCCUGAGGAAACACCACGGCCGUGUGAGGAGUUUUUAAGCCAUACACAGGAUAUGUGCAUCAAAGGAGCUCAGUCACUGCAAUGUAAGAGUAUGCUGGUGGAAGUAGCAACCAAUGAACUUAUUAACAUGCUGCUCGAUGAUGAUUCAGAUGAUGAAAAUCAUGACAUAGAAGAAAAUAAGGAAACAAAAGUAUCAGUGCAGUCCCCGAUGGACCAUUUGCCAGAUGCUCAUUCAACCUCAGCAGUGAAGAGGUUAAAAGAUCCCAAGUUCCUGAAGCAAGAAGCAAAGGAACUGCUCAAUCACUUCAGCCGCCGAAAUGUAGAUGCACUUGUUAAGGUCAUACGCAAUGCUCUUGAAACACUAAGAAAACGUAUGCAGACUUUACCCAAGGUCCAUCAUCAGGAUGCUAAUUCUGAUUAUCAGAAGCAAGUCUUCAAAUCAGUUCUCCAUGUUGACAUCUGCCUUGCCAUACCUGAUAUUGUGCUGCAUCCUAACCUGGAAGAUAUCCAGUGUAUUUUGAAUAGAGUCUGUGACUGCAUUAUCAAUGUUUCCAGAAGAAUAUCUGUGUGGAGCAAGAAAAGAAUGACAGCAAAAAAAAUGAGUGAACAUAGAGUGGCUGAACUACAAAGGAAUGAUACUGAGAGUGACCCCUCCACUGAAGUAUUUGUAGAUACUCGUGAAGGCAACCUAGCAGAUAAUACUGUGCCAGAUGUGAUUGCUGUCUACGCCCAACCUAACAAUUACUACAAGAUAAUUUCAGAAAAUAAAGAGUUAAUUAAGCUGGUUUCUCUUAUUUCUUCGUCUGUACCUUCAUUUAGAAAGGGUCUACAAGAAAUUCUAGAAAAAUUCAGCAAAUACAAUCAUAUCUGGAGGAAAGAUCGUGAAAAAACACUUGCAAAGUUUAUGGAAGAUUGCCCUUCACUGUCUGAUUUUGAAUUCCAAAUCACAUUUUAUCAGAACCUGCAAGUCCAAAUUCAAGCUGAACCUCGGGUCAUACAUAUGGGUGCUCUUGCAUUGUGUUCAGACUAUUUGAAGAUAGCCUUGAAUGAAGAAAUCAGAGGUUGGAUAACUGGGUAUUCUCACCACUGCAAUGAAAAGUAUAGAACAAACCUGGAUAAUAUUUUGACUUUUGUGGAAGAGACUUCUAAGAAACUAAAUCGUCCAGUCAGUGAUAUGGAUGAUAUAAGAAUAAUCAUGGGUUCUUUGAAAGAAAUCUGGGGGAAACAGAUUGACAUUGAUUUACAGAUUGGGCCUAUUGAGGAAUUUUAUGCCAUGUUGAAUAAAUAUGAGAUCCAAGUAGCUAAAGAAGACUCUGACAGAGUGGAUACAUUGCGUUACACAUGGGAAAAGCUCAUUUUACGUGGAUUAGAAGUACAGAAUCAUCUCAUUUCUUUGCAACCUUCAUUCCGUGCUGAAUUGAUCAUCAAUGUUAAAAUGUUCAUAGAAGAUUCUAAUACAUUUUGUUGGGACUACGAGAAGGAAGGCCCCAUGCAGCCUGGACUGUCUCCACAAGAAGCAAAUGACCAAUUGGUUAUUUAUCAGAAUCGUUUUGACAACCUCUAUCGCAAAUUCAUCACCUACACUGGUGGUGAGGAACUCUUUGGACUGUCAGUUACACAGUGCCCCCAGUUGCUGGAGAUAAGGAAAGAGCUGAACCUUUUACAGAAACUUUUUAGCCUUUACAAUAAUGUCAUCAACACAGUGAAUGGCAACUUCGACAUUCUCUGGUCUGAGGUGAACAUAGAGAAGAUAAACAAUGAGCUUCUGGAUUUUCAAAACAGAUGCCGUAAAUUGCCUCGAGGUUUAAAGGAGUGGCCAGCCUACCUUGAUUUAAAGCAGACUGUUGAUGACUUCAGCGAAAGCUGUCCCCUGUUAGAGAUGAUGUCCAACAAGGCCAUGAUGCCCCGUCAUUGGCAGCGCAUUGCUCAAGUCACAGAUCAUGAUUUUGAUGUUGACAGUGAAACAUUUAAAUUGUCCAAUAUUAUGGAUGCCCCACUGUUAAAAUACAAAGAGGAGAUUGAGGAUAUUUGCAUCAGUGCUGUAAAAGAAAAAGAUAUUGAACAGAAGCUGAAGCAAGUCUUAGUGGAAUGGGAUAAUCGAUACUUCAUGUUUGCCAAUUUCAAAACACGUGGUGAGCUCCUUCUCCGUGGUGACAAUACUUCUGAGAUCAUCACUUUUGCUGAAGAUAGCUUAAUGGUUCUUGGUUCUCUGCUGAACAAUAGGUACAAUGUUCCAUUUAAAGUACAUAUUCAAAAAUGGGUACACAACCUGUCCUCCACCACAGAUAUCAUUGAGAGCUGGCUGACUGUACAAAACCUAUGGAUAUACCUGGAAGCAGUGUUUGUGGGUGGAGACAUUGCCAAGCAGCUUCCAAAGGAAGCAAAGAGGUUUUCCAACAUAGACAAGUCCUGGAUGAAGAUAAUGAGCCGUGCCCAUGAGAUCCCUAAUGUGGUUCAGUGCUGCACAGGAGAUGAAGCUAUGGUCCAGCUAUUACCGCACCUUUUGGAACAACUUGAAAUGUGUCAGAAAUCAUUAACUGGUUAUCUGGAAAAAAAGCGCCUGAUGUUUCCAAGGUUUUUCUUUGUAUCAGACCCAACUCUGCUAGAAAUUCUGGGCCAAGCCUCCGAUUCCCAUACUAUACAAGCUUAUUUGCUUAAUGUAUUUGACAACAUUAAAUCAGUCCUGUUCCAUGAGAAGAUCUAUGAUCGCAUAUUGGCUAUAUGCUCCAGAGAAGGGAACACUAUUGAACUUGAUAAACCAGUUGCCACAGAAGGGAACGUUGAAGUUUGGUUGAAUUCUCUGCUUAAGGAGUCUCAAAGUUCACUGCAAAGCAUUAUUCGGAAUGCUGCCUACAAAAUACAGGAAGAACACUUUAACCUUAUUGAAUUCCUGAAUACUUUCUGUGCCCAGGUUGGCCUUCUUGGAAUUCAGAUGAUUUGGACUAGAGAUGCACAAGAUGCCUUGAAACUUUCAAAAGCUGACCGUAAAAUCAUGCAGACAACAAAUCAGUACUUUCUGGAAAUUCUUAAUAUGCUGAUCGAUAGGACAACCAAAGAUUUAGAUGUUAAUGAGCGUGUGAAGUAUGAGACUCUGAUCACCAUCCACGUCCAUCAGAGAGAUAUCUUCGAUGAGCUGUACCGGAGGCAAGUAAAAUCUCCGACUGACUUUGAAUGGUUGAAGCAAUGUAGGUUCUACUUCGAUGAAGAUGCUGAUAAAAUGCAGAUAUCAAUUACUGAUGUGGAUUUUACUUAUCAAAAUGAGUUUUUGGGAUGCACUGACAGACUAGUUAUCACUCCACUCACUGACAGAUGCUACAUCACUUUAGCCCAGGCCAUGGGGAUGAAUAUGGGUGGUGCUCCCACUGGCCCAGCUGGUACAGGAAAAACUGAAACAGUCAAAGACAUGGGCAAAUGUUUGGGCAAGUUCGUGGUGGUGUUCAACUGUUCAGAUCAGAUGGACUUCCGAGGCCUUGGCCGAAUCUUCAAAGGACUGGCGCAGUCAGGUUCUUGGGGAUGUUUUGAUGAAUUCAAUCGGAUAGACUUGUCUGUACUUUCAGUAGCUGCUCAGCAAAUAGCCAUAGUCCUGACUUGCAAGAAGGAAUGCAGAAGGUGUUUUAUAUUUACAGACAGUGGUACAGUAGAAAUGAACCCAGAGUUUGGCAUCUUUCUUACAAUGAAUCCAGGUUAUGCUGGGCGACAGGAACUUCCUGAAAACCUCAAGAUUAAUUUCCGGUCAGUGGCUAUGAUGGUCCCUGAUCGACAGAUCAUCAUUCGUGUCAAGCUGGCAAGCUGUGGAUUCAUAGACAACAUUACUCUGGCUUGCAAGUUCUUUGUGCUUUACAAAUUGUGCGAGGAACAGCUCUCCAAACAGGUUCAUUACGAUUUUGGACUCCGCAAUAUUUUGUCCGUUUUACGAACACUUGGAGCUGUCAAGCGAGCCAGCCCUGAAGAUACUGAAUCUACAAUUGUCAUGAGAGUUCUUCGAGACAUGAAUCUUUCCAAACUGAUUGAUGAGGAUGAACCAUUGUUUCUCAGCCUGAUAGAGGAUUUGUUUCCUGGCAUUCAGUUGGAUAAGGCUGGUUAUCCACAGUUUGAAGCUUCUAUUGACAAACAGGUACUGGAUGGAGGUCUAAUAAAACAUGCACCAUGGAGACUGAAGAUUAUCCAGCUGUUUGAAACUCAGCGUGUGCGGCAUGGUAUGAUGACGUUGGGCCCAAGUGGCGCUGGAAAGACAACUUGUAUUCAUACCCUCAUGAAGGCGAUGACAGAGUGUGGUAGGCCUCACAGAGAGAUGCGGAUGAAUCCCAAAGCAAUUACAGCCCCUCAAAUGUUUGGCCGUCUGGAUGUAGCGACCAAUGAUUGGACUGAUGGAAUAUUUUCUACACUGUGGAGAAAGACUCUCAGGGCCAAGAAAGGUGAACACAUUUGGCUUGUACUGGAUGGCCCAGUUGAUGCUAUUUGGAUAGAAAAUCUUAAUUCUGUCCUCGAUGACAACAAGACACUCACUCUGGCAAAUGGAGAUCGUAUCCCAAUGGCCCCAAACUGCAAAAUAGUUUUUGAGCCUCACAACAUUGACAAUGCAUCUCCUGCCACUGUCUCUAGGAAUGGGAUGGUGUACAUGAGUUCUUCUGUGCUUGACUGGAGACCUAUCUUAGAGAAUUGGUUAAAGUUACAUUCACAUCAUGAGGCUGAAAUUCUCAAGAAGUUGUAUGCAGCCGUGUUCCCAGAACUUUACCGUUUUAGCAUACAGUCUUUAAAUCAAAAGAUGAAAGCGCUUGAAGCCUUUGUCAUUAUGCAAAGUAUUAACGUGCUGCAAGGACUCUUAUCAUCUAAGGAACAGGUUAGUGAGUUAGACCAACAGAAUCUGGAGCGAUUGUUUAUCUUUGGCCUCAUGUGGAGUAUUGGUGCUACUCUCGAGCUGGAUGACAGAAGAAAGAUGGAGUAUUGGCUGAGAAACCAUACUUAUAACAAAUUGGACAUGCCUGAAAUUUCAUUAGAUGGUGAAGGCACAAUGUUUGACUACCUUGUGGGACCUGAUGGGAAUUGGUUACACUGGAGCACGCAGGUGGAGGACUACGUUUAUCCUGUAGAUACCAUUCCAGAAUAUGGAUCAAUCCUGGUGCCAAAUGUGGACAAUGUUAGGACAAAUUUUCUCAUUCACAAUAUUGCCAAACAGUGCAAGGGCGUGCUUUUGACUGGUGAACAAGGAACUGCUAAGACAGUCAUCAUAAAAAGCUACCUGUCUAAGUAUAACACUGAGAUUCAUCUGCCAAAAAGCCUUAACUUCUCAUCGGCCACUACACCUUUAAUGUUUCAGAGAACUAUAGAAAGCUAUGUGGACAAAAGAAUGGGGAAUGUUUACGGACCUCAAGCUGGAAAGAAAAUAACCGUGUUUAUAGAUGAUGUAAACAUGCCUAUUAUUAACAAAUGGGGCGAUCAGGUAACUAAUGAGAUUUUGAGACAGCUGAUGGAACAGAGGGGGUUCUAUAACCUGGAGAAGCCAGGAGAGUUCACACAUAUUGUGGACAUCCAGUUUAUUGCUGCGAUGAUCCACCCUGGUGGAGGACGGAAUGAUAUUCCUCAAAGGCUGAAGAGACAUUUCUCCAUUUUUAACUGUACACUGUAUUCCAACAUCUCCAUUGACAAAGUCUUUGGUGUGAUUGGAGUUGGUCAUUUUUGCAAGCAGCGGGGAUUUACUGAGGAGGUUACAGGCUUGGCAGCUCAACUUGUUCCCAUCACACGUAAAUUGUGGCAAGUUGUCAAAGUUAAGAUGCUUCCAACGCCAGCUAAGUUUCAUUAUGUGUUUAAUUUACGAGAUCUCUCCAGAAUUUGGCAGGGCAUGCUCAGCGCCACUGUGGAGGUCAUUUGUUACAAAGAGAUUCUUCUGAAGCUCUGGAGACAUGAAUGUACACGAGUGGUGGCUGAUCGCUUUACAAACUCUGAAGACUAUGAAUGGUUUGAUAAAACGUUAAUCCAUAUUGCUGCUGAAGAACUUGAGGAAGAAAUGAAGAGAGUUAUCAGUGUGGAGAAUGAAGACCUCUUUGUAGAUUUCUUGCGUGACCCACCUGAGGCCACAGGGGAGGAACCAGAGGAUACAGAAUAUGAGAUGCCCAAAGUGUAUGAGGCCAUAGAAUCUCUGGAUAUGUUGAAAGAGAGGCUGAACCUAUUCAUGUUCCUUUACAAUGAGACUGUACGAGGCGGGCACUUGGACUUGGUCUUCUUUGAAGAUGCUAUGAUUCACCUAGUCAAGAUAUCCCGUAUCAUCAGAACUCCUCGUGGUAAUGCUUUGCUUGUUGGUGUGGGUGGGUCAGGCAAACAGAGCCUUACAAGACUCACUUCAUUUAUUGCUGGAUACCAGACAUUCCAAGUCACACUCACAAGGUCAUACAGUGCCUCAAACUUUCUGGAGGAUCUGAAGUUUCUGUACAGAACAGCUGGACAGGAGGGAAAUGGAGUUACUUUUAUUUUUACAGACAAUGAUAUCAAGGAUGAAGCUUUUCUGGAGUACCUGAACAAUGUUCUUUCCUCUGGAGAGGUUUCAAACCUGUUUACUCGAGAUGAAAUGGACGAAGUUAACAACGAUCUCACUCCUGUAAUGAAGCAGGAAUUUCCAAGGAGACCUCCAACCAAUGAGAACCUGUAUGAUUACUUCAUGAACCGGGUGCGGCAAAACCUACAUGUAGUGCUUUGUUUCUCACCAGUUGGAGAAAAGUUCCGCAAUCGAGCUUUGAAAUUCCCAGCACUGAUUUCUGGGUGUACCAUGGACUGGUUUAGCCGUUGGCCAAAGGAUGCACUAAUUGCAGUGUCCGACCACUUCUUGUCCUCAUUUGAGAUUGAUUGCACUAUGACAGUGAAACAGCAAGUGGUGGGGUGUAUGGGUACCUUCCAAGAUGGUGUGGCAGAGAAAUGUGUGUUGUACUUUGAAAGAUUCCGGCGGUCAACCCACGUUACACCUAAAUCCUAUCUGUCCUUCAUUCAGGGCUAUAAAGCUGUAUACCAGGAGAAACGAUCAGAGCUGCAAACUGUGGCAGAAAGAGUGAAGACUGGUUUGCAGAAGUUGAAAGAAGCCUCGGAAUCAGUUGUGGCACUCAGCAAAGAACUGGAAAUAAAAGAAAAGGAACUUAAAAUAGCUAAUGACAAGGCCGAUAUGGUAUUGAAAGAGGUGACUCUGAAGGCUCAGGCCUCAGAAAAAGUGAAAAUGGAAGUACAAAAGGUGAAAGACCGAGCCCAGGCAAUUGUGGACGGUAUAUCUGCAGAUAAGGCAGUGGCUGAACAAAAGCUUGAAGCUGCCAGACCGGCACUGGAGGAAGCUGAGGCUGCACUGCAGACAAUUAAACCAGCUGACAUAACCUUAGUGCGAACACUUGGUCGUCCUCCUCAUCUGAUUAUGAGAAUAAUGGACUGUGUGCUGCUGCUUUUCCAAAGGAAGCUGAACCCAGUGAAACUUGAUGUAGAAAGGAACUGUGUUACUCCAUCAUGGCAGGAAUCACUGAAACUUAUGGCGGGAAACCUCCUACAAGCAUUACAGCAAUUUCCCAAGGACAGUAUCAAUGAGGAGACAGUAGAACUUCUGUGUCCCUACUUUGAAAUGCCAGAUUAUAACAUUGAUGUUGCCAGACGGGUCUGUGGUAAUGUGGCUGGCCUUUGUUCCUGGACUCAAGCUAUGGCUUACUUUCAUGGAAUAAAUAAAGAAGUGUUGCCACUUAAGGCAAACCUUACCAUACAGGAAAGUCGUUUGGCCACUGCUAUGGAGGACCUGAAGAAGGCUCAGUGUGAGCUUGAUGCCAAACAAGUUGAGCUUGAUAUUGUGCAGGCAGAAUAUGAGCAAGCAAUGAGAGAGAAGCAGACAUUACUAGAGGAUGCUGAGCGCUGCCGGCAGAAAAUGCAAAUGGCUUCAAGUCUAAUUGAUGGUUUGUCAGGUGAGAAAGAACGUUGGACUGAACAAAGUAAGGAAUUUGCUGCAGAGGAGAAAAGACUUGUGGGUAAUGUAUUGCUGGCUACAGCUUUUCUGUCCUAUGCAGGCCCCUUCAACCAGGAAUUUAGAAAUCUAUUGUUGAACAAAUGGCAGCAAGAAAUAAUGUUACAUAAAAUUCCAUUCACCAUAAAUCUAAAUGUCUCAGAGAUGCUUAUAGAUGGGCCCACAGUUGGAGAGUGGAACUUGCAAGGCCUUCCUAAUGAUGACCUCUCAAUACAAAAUGGAAUCAUUGUUGCAAAGGCAGCUCGUUUCCCACUCCUGAUCGAUCCUCAGGCUCAGGGGAAGACCUGGAUAAAGAACAAAGAAGUGAAGAAUGAACUUCAGGUAACAUCAUUAAAUCAUAAGUACUUUAGAAAUCACUUGGAAGACUGCCUUUCACUGGGAAGACCGUUAUUAAUUGAGGAUGUAGGGGAAGAACUUGACCCAGCAUUGGACAAUGUGUUGGAGAAAAACUUCAUCAAAACUGGGUCCACACAUAAGGUAAAGAUAGGAGAUAAGGAGAUGGAUGUCAUGAGUGGUUUCAGACUUUACAUUACAACAAAACUGGCAAAUCCUGCUUAUACUCCAGAGAUAAGUGCUCGUACUUCAAUUAUUGACUUCACUGUCACCAUUAAAGGUCUGGAGGAUCAACUGUUGGGGCGAGCAAUUCUCACUGAGAAACAGGAGCUGGAGAGAGAGCGAACAAACCUAAUGGAGGAUGUAACUGUGAAUAAAAAGAAGAUGAAGGAGUUAGAAGAUAACCUACUUAACCGUUUAACAACUACCCAGGGUUCCUUGGUGGAUGAUGAGAGCCUGAUCCUAGUACUUCAAAACACCAAGCAAACAGCUGAAGAAGUAACACAAAAGCUAAAGACAGCAGCUGAGACAGAAAUACAAAUAAAUGCUGCCAGAGAGGAGUACCGACCAGUUGCUACAAGAGGCAGCAUCCUUUACUUCUUGAUUGUUGAGAUGAGUAUGGUGAAUGUGAUGUAUCAGACUUCUCUGAGGCAAUUUCUUGGGAUCUUCGACCUGUCACUAGUCAGGUCUGCUAAGAGUCCAUUCACCAGCAAGCGAAUAGUCAGCAUUAUUGAUUAUAUGACAUAUGAAGUCUACACAUAUACAGCUCGUGGAUUGUAUGAGCAACACAAAUUCCUUUUCACACUUUUGCUCACUUUGAAAAUUGAUAUGCAAUGCCAUAAAGUUAAGCAUGAUGAAUUUGUCACACUCAUUAAAGGUGGUGCCUCUCUGGACCUCAAAACUUGCCCUCAAAAACCUGCCAAAUGGAUCCUUGAUAUGACUUGGUUGAAUUUAGUUGAACUUAGUAAGCUUCUUCAGUUCUUAGACAUCCUUUUCCAGAUUGCUCGAAAUGAGAAGCAAUGGAAAAACUGGUAUGAUAAAGAUGCUCCAGAAGAGGAGGUGUUUAUACCUGAUGGCUACCAUCAAUCUCUGGGUUGUUUUGGCAAGCUUUUACUGGUCCGAUCCUGGUGUCCCGACAGAACAAUUGCACAGGCCCGCAAAUAUAUCAUCGAUUCUAUGGGUGAGAAGUAUGCGGAAGGUGUUAUUCUGGACCUUGAGAAAAGCUGGGAGGAAUCUGACACCAGGACCCCCCUCAUCUGUUUUCUCUCCAUGGGCUCUGAUCCUACAGACCGCAUCAUUGCCCUUGGAAAGAGACUGAAAAUUGAGACUCGCUAUGUUUCUAUGGGUCAGGGUCAAGAGACACAUGCACGCAGAUUGCUUCAGCAGACGAUGUCAAGUGGAGGUUGGGCUUUACUUCAGAACUGCCACUUGGGACUGGAUUUCAUGGAUGAAUUGAUGGACACAAUUACAGAAACUGAGACUAUUCAGGACUCAUUCCGACUGUGGAUAACAACUGAGGUCCACAGGCAUUUCCCUAUUACUCUGCUGCAAAUGGCGAUAAAGUUUACCAAUGAACCACCUCAAGGAUUAAAAGCUGGUCUGAAACGAACAUACACAGGUAUCAGCCAAGACCAACUAGAUGUUAAUAAUACACCUCAUUGGAAACCCAUGCUAUAUGCAGUAGCUUUCCUUCAUUCCACUGUACAAGAAAGGCGAAAGUUUGGACCUCUUGGCUGGAACAUUCCUUAUGAGUUCAAUCAAGCUGAUUUAAAUGCUACAAUCCAGUUUGUGCAAAACCACCUUGAUGAUACAGACAGCAAAAAGGGUGUGUCUUGGAAUACAGUUUACUACAUGAUUGGAGAAAUCCAGUAUGGAGGUCGUGUCACAGAUGAUUAUGAUAAGCGACUGUUAAACACUUUUGCUAAAGUGUGGUUCAGUGAGCAUAUGUUUGGACCAAACUUCUGCUUUUAUAAGGAUUACACCAUCCCUAACUGUAUUACAGUGGAACAAUACUUACAAUAUAUACAGAGUCUGCCAACAUACGACACACCAGAGGUCUUUGGCCUCCAUCCUAAUGCUGACAUCACUUAUCAAAGGAAACUAGCCCAAGAUGUGCUUGAUACAAUUCUCAGUAUCCAGCCAAAGGACAGCUCAACCGGGGUUGGAGAAACACGGGAGGCUGUAGUUGCCCAUCUAGCUGAUGACAUGCUGAUGAAAUUACCUCCAGAUUACAUAAAUUAUGAAGUUAAAGAAAAAUUGGCACAGAUGGGUAUUUUUCAGCCAAUGAACAUUUUCCUCCAUCAGGAAAUCGAUCGUAUGCAGCAAGUGAUUACAUUAGUGCGCAACACACUAAUGGAUUUGAAACUUGCCAUAGAUGGUUCAAUUAUUAUGAGCGAAAACCUGCGAGAUGCACUAGACUGCAUGUAUGAUGCACGUAUACCAGUCAGCUGGCUAAAAGCAUCUUGGGCUUCAAGUACUUUGGGAUUCUGGUUCACUGAGUUACUGGAAAGGAACCAUCAGUUCCACUCUUGGGUUUUUGAAGGGAGGCCAAACUGCUUCUGGAUGACAGGUUUCUUCAAUCCCCAAGGAUUCCUUACAGCUAUGAGACAGGAGGUUACUCGGCUUCAUAAGGGCUGGGCUCUAGACAGUGUGGUGCUUCACAAUGAUGUCACUAGAUCAUCAAAGGAAGAUGUUACGCAGCCUCCUUAUGAGGGUGUCUAUGUCUAUGGCCUGUACCUAGAGGGUGCUGGAUGGGACAGACGUAACAACAAACUCACAGAAUCGAAACCAAAAGUUCUGUUUGAAAUUCUGCCUGUUAUUCAUAUCUCUGCCAUUAACCACCACAGUUCUAAAGAUACAUGGUUGUAUUCCUGUCCUAUUUAUAAAAAGCCUGUGAGAACAGAUCUGAAUUAUAUUGCUGCUGUUGACUUGAGAACAAACCGAUCUCCUGAUCACUGGGUACUGAGAGGUGUUGCAUUACUCUGCGAUGUGAAAUAA